AUGCUGUCACUGUGGGCAGGUGCUGUCUUAAUCUUCGGAUUCAUUGUUAUUCGAGGUUUGCUCUCGCCCUUGUCAAAAAUACCAGGGCCAUGGUAUACACGAUUCACAAGUCUGUGGAUCAAGUACCAAGAAUUCACUGCUAACCGGCGCGAAUCUAUCCAUGCAUUGCAUAAGAUCUAUGGGCCAGUGGCCCGGCUCGGACCGAAUGAGGUAUCAUUCACGAGCCUGGAUGCUAUCAAGGAGAUCUAUGCUUCUGGGGGGAGUGGGUAUGACAAAACCGAGUAUUAUGAUCUGUUCAGGCAGUUCAAGAUCAAGACGAUGUUCUCUACUUUGCAGAAAGAUGAGCAUAGCAAGAGAAAACGCAUCUUUGCUGAACGAUAUGCCAUGUCCAAUAUCAUGAAGGAAAAGCCCAUGGCCGCUAUCCAUGAACGAGCCACGACCAUCGUAUCCAAGUGUGUCGAAGCUGGUCAGAAGAGCGUGGAUGUCUAUUCCCUGCUCCACUGCUACGCCCUCGACUGCGUGACCCAUUUCAUGUUCAGCCCCGGUGGACUCAAAUCACUCAACGAUCCCCAAGACUACGAAAUCAUGCAUGAACUAACCUACCAUCAAAGUCUCCAAAAAAACCUACUGGAAUACUACCUCCCAACCCUAGCCCCCUACUUCCCAACCCUUCUCCACCCACGCAGCGCCCCAAAAGCAAACAAAUACGUCCAAGAAAGCGCAGCCCUCCAAACCCACGACCCCCACUCCCUAAUGGAAAAGCUCAAACGCAAAGAAUCAAACCUACACCUAAUGCAAGCAGCAGCAGAAUGCAAAGACCACAUGGCCGCCGGCAUCGACACAACCGGCGACGGCCUCUGUUUCCUAAUGUGGGAACUGUCACAGCCGCAUAACCUGCAGUUCCAGCAGCGGCUAUACCAAGAGUUAGCUUCUGCCCCGGCUGAUGCAUCUCUUGAUAGUUAUGCCUACCUCGAUGCUGUUAUUAAAGAGGGACUGCGUUGUGCGCCUCCGAUUCCUAUGUCUUUGCCGCGAUAUGUUCCUGCUGGGGGACGGGUUAUUGAUUCGUUCUUCGUUCCCGAGCAUACUAUUGUUAGUUGUCAGCCUUAUUCUGUGCAUCGGAUUGAUGAGACUGUGUUUCCGGAGCCGGAGAAGUUUUGGCCGGAUCGAUGGCUUGUGGAACGGGGUGCUGCAGAGAGGAAUAGGCUUUUCUUUGCUUUUGCUACGGGUGGGAGGGGGUGUACUGGGAAAAAUCUUGCGCUUGUUGAGAUGAAGAUUCUUCUUCGGGAGGUGUAUUCUCGGUAUAGGACUACGAUUGCGGGGGAUAUGACUGCUUCUAUGAAGUUGGAUGAUCAGAUUAUUUCUUCGAGGCCUAAGGGGCAGAGUUGUAGAUUGGUUUUUACUGCUGUUGAAUGA